UCUCGUUCGCCCUUGACAAUCUUCAUUACAUUCUUUCUUGAGAAAAAACGGAGAAAGAGAAGACAACAAAAAAAUCCAGAGUGGGGAAAAAGAGGAAAUAUGGUUCAGGAUUCAGAGUUAGUAGAAAGACUUAGAGAAUUUUUGAGUGUUUCAGACUUAAAUACAACGACAACAGGUAUCGUAAGGAGGAAAUUAGAAGAAGAUUUUGGUGUGGAUUUAUCAGAGAAGAAAGCUUUUAUUAGAGAACAAGUAGACCUUUAUCUUCAAACCCAAGUUGAGAAGAACGAUGACGAGGAAGAAGAAGAAGAAGAAGUAGAUGAAGAGGAAGAGGAAGAAGAAGAAGAACCGGAAAGAAGAACAAGUAGUAGGAAUGGGGGGACCAGGAAGAAAAAAAAAGUGUCUAAGAAGGCCAAUGAUGGGGAGAAAAAAAGAGGAGGAGGAGGUGGAGGUGGAUUUAAUAAAGUAUGCAGCUUAUCGCCGGAGCUUCAGAAAAUUAUUGGAGUACCUGAAAUGGCUAGAACUGAGGUUGUCAAGCAACUUUGGGCUUACAUUCGCGAGAAGGACUUGCAAGACCCAAAAAAUACGUGGGAAAUUUUGUGUGACGAAUCAUUGCGUGAUCUUUUUCGAGUCGAUUCCAUCAACAUGUUUCAAAUGAAUAAGGUGUUAUCCAAGCAUAUUUGGCCAUUGGAGUCGGAUGAGGCCACUAUAACUCCAGUCAAGACAGAGAUAAAAGAACAAAAGCGUAAACAAGACAAAACAGAAGCCAGUGUAACUCCAGUCAAGACAGAGAAAAAGGAAAAAAAGCGAAAACAAGACAAAACAGAAGGUUCAGAUGAUUCACAGCCGAAAGACAAACGUCAAAAAUUAGGUUUUCAUGCACCGCUAAAACUUUCAGAUGCUCUAGUGAAGUUUUUGGGUACAGGUGAAACUUCAUUAUCGCGGGCAGAGGUUACAAAGAAAAUGUGGGAGUACAUUAAACUAAACAAUCUACAGGAUCCAUCUGACAAGAGACAAAUAAUAUGCGAUGAUAAAUUGAAAGAACUCUUUAACCUGGAGACUUUCACUGGUUUUACCGUUGCGAAGCAUUUAGCUGUUCAUUUUGUCAAGUCAGAACAGUGAGUUUGCUUGUUGUUUUACAGGUUUCAAGAAAACCAAAAAUGAAAUGAGCAAUUCUGCUUCUGCUUGUAGUUUUGAGUUACCCAAGAAACUGUUCUUCUGUAUGUCGCCUUACUUUUUCUUUCUUUUUUCCUGUAAACCACACAGGAGAGCAAUACAAGUACUUUAGUUGAAAGUUUCAGUUUGGUUCUCUGUGCUUUCCUAUGAUAAUAUUUUCCUUCUCUUUGA